AUGUAUCCAGGACAACAGUACAAACAACAAUACGGCUCAGGCUCCCAGCAACCUACAGCACAACAGAAUCCACAACCACCACCAUAUUAUCAAACUCCACCUCAACCAUACCCAUAUCAACCACCGCCUGGCGGUUAUGCCCCCUCCGGUUUUCCGACUGGAGGUUAUGCACCUCCUCUAGGUCCACCACCAACUUAUCCCGUUCCAUAUCAACAGUAUCCUCCCCCUCCAUAUCCUAACCCGUAUUAUAAUAACUCUGUGCCAUACACGUCGACUCCACAACCUGGUGUGGUUAAUUCAACGUAUCAAAACUAUCAGUUAACGGGACGAAAAAAGGCUUUGCUAAUUGGAAUCAAUUAUUUUGGAUCUCAAUUUCAAUUAAAAGGUUGUAUUAAUGAUGUCAAGAAUAUAAAAGAAUUUCUGGUCGCAAAUUAUGAAUUCCGUGAAGAAAAUAUGUUGAUCUUAACGGAUAACCAGUCAGAUCCAAAGAAGAUCCCUAACAGGGCCAAUAUUAUAGCGGCCAUGAAAUGGCUAGUACAUGAUGCCAGACCAAAUGACUCGUAUGUUAUGUUUCAUGAUACACAGAACGCAAUUGUGUUUGGUCACGGUGGUCAAGUAGAGGAUCUUGACGGCGACGAAGACGAUGGAUUUGAUGAGACAAUUAUGCCGGUCGACUUCCAAACAGCUGGACAGAUUGUUGAUGAUGAAAUGCACGACAUAAUGGUGAGAUCACUUCAUAAAGGUGUAAGGUUAACAGCCAUUUUUGAUUCGUGCCAUUCUGGAACUGCACUUGAUUUGCCAUACAUAUAUUCAACACAUGGAGUAGUUAAAGAACAAAACAUUUUGGCUGAUGGAGGGAAUACGCUUAUGAAUGUAGGAAUGUCGUACCUUCGGGGUGACAUUGAAGGAAUUAAAACAAGCAUAAUGGCAUUUGGGAAGAAAGCGACAUCUGGAAGAAAAAUAAAUGAGCAAAACAAACACACGAAAGCGAGUGAGGCAGACGUAAUCAUGUUCAGUGGAUGCAAAGAUGGACAGACAUCCGCGGAUGCUAAUGAGGCAGGUCAAAAUACCGGAGCCAUGUCAUACGCCUUUAUAAAAACGUAA